AGACAUAUUCUGCAUUCUUCUCUGUGCAGAAACUCUCUAUUGCAUCACAUACAUAAUAUAUUAAAAAUAUAGUAUUCAACAUGGCUUAUGCUGCUAUUACUUCUCUUUUGAGCACAACUCAUGAGUCAUUGUGGAAAAACUCUAUUGCAUCAUAUACACACUAUUAUAAGAUUCAAUCUUUGAGAACUAUAAUGGAGAAAUCCUACAAUAUAAAAGGGGAUAUUGAGGACUUGACAAGAUUGGAAGCUGAAAUCAUAGAGCUAGCAUGCAUCACAGAAGAUAUGAUUAACUCAGAAUCAAGAAAAGUUUCCUUAGCGAAAAACCAAAUUUCACGAAGAAUAGCUGUUUGGAAACUUAAUUUCCUCUUGAAACGAGCAGUAGGACGCAUUGAUUUCACCGUGAAGAAGUGGAUAGGAAUGCUGAACAGCAAAGAUCUGAAAGCACAAAAUUUGACCCUCGAAAGUACGUCACAACAUGCCUUACAACAGACUGAGAGUAUGAUGAUUGGCUGUGAAAAUGAAUUUGAGAUGAUACGGGAUCAACUUACUAGAGGGACAAGCCAACUAGAUGUUGUUUCAGUUGUAGGUAUGGGAGGCAUCGGUAAGACAACUUUGGCUAAUAAGAUUUACAAUGAUCAGUUCAUUUUGUUUCGCUUUGACAUACGUGCAAAAGCUACUGUUUCACAAGAGUACUGCGCGAGAAAUGUACUCCUACGCCUUCUUUCUUCUGUAAGUGGGAGUAGAAAAAUUGAUGAAUCGUAUGAGCAACAAGAUGAUGGGCAACUAGCAGAUCGACUCCAAAAGUUUUUGAAAAGCAGGAGAUACCUGAUUUUCAUCGAUGAUAUAUGGGCUAAAGAAGCUUGGGACGAUGUAAAACUAUGUUUCCCGGACUGUGACUGUGGAAGCCGAAUACUCCUAACUACUCGGAAUAUGGAAGUAGCUAAAUAUGCUAGCUCAGGUGAAACCCUUUAUCAAAUGAGUUUCUUGAAUCAUGAUGAAAGUUGGAACUUACUGCGCGUAAAAGUCUUUGAGGAUGCCUGUUUUCCCCCUGAAUUUGAAAAAGUUGGGAAACAAAUUGCAUUAAAUUGUAAAGGAUUGCCUUUAGCCAUUGUUGUGAUUGCAGGACUUCUCUUGAAAAUUGGUAAAUCAUUGGAUGAGUGGAAAAGUGUUUCCGAGAAUAUAACUUCCUUGAUAAGCACAGAUCUUGAAGUCCAGUGCAUGAGAGUGCUCGCUUUGAGUUACCAUCACUUGCCUCAUCACCUAAAAUCGGUUUUUCUUUAUUUUGCAAUCUUCCCCGAGGAUGAACUAAUUUCUGUGGAUAAACUUGUGAACUUAUGGGUGGCAGAGGGUUUUUCGCUGGAACAAUAUGCAGAACAAUGUCUCACAGAUCUUAUCGGUAGAAGUUUAAUUUUCAUCCACCAUUUGAGUUUUGAUGGAAAAAUCAAAGCCUGCGGAAUGCAUGAUGUGAUCCGUGAACUCUGCUUGAGAGAGGCUCAAAACUUAAACUUCGUGAAUGCUAUAACUGAAGAUCAAAACUCAUGUGAACAAACCAGGCAUUUUUCCACAAAGCGCCGGGUCAGUGUUCAGUCAGAGCUAUCCUCUUUUGCUGCCAAUCAGUUGGCAACGGUUCAUCAUAAUAUGGCCCGUUCCGUUCUCCUUUUCAUCCGAAAUCCCUCAAACUCAGGAAUAAUGCAUGAGUUGGAGCGUUUCAAGGUCUUAAGGAUACUAGAACUUGCUUCACCAACUUUGGAUGCUUUUCCCAGUUGUGUAGUUGAUUUAUCUCUGCUGCGAUACCUAGCUUUGACUUUUUACUCGUCCAUUAACGAUCAUGAUAUUAACAUUCCUCCAUCAAUAUCUAGACUUCAAUAUUUGGAAACUUUUAUACUUAAAUUUCCAAAAUAUUAUGGACGCCCGAAAAUUUCCUUCACAUUACCUGGUGAAAUUUUCAAAAUGUCACAAUUGAGGAACCUCUCCUUGGAUAGGAAUAACAUGGUUCCUCAUAAGUAUGAAGGGACUUUGCGUAAUUUGCAGUGUUUGUCCGGAUGGAAUCCUUUAUAUUGUGAUUACCAUUUCACUCAACAAGUUCGUUUUUUAAGGAAGUUGCAGAUAUGCGGUAACCAACAAGACUACAUAAAAAGCAAUGAAAUGAAGGGCCUCCAUGAUCCUCGAUCCUUUAUUCGGCUUCAGGAAUUGAAAUUUGAUGGGAUGCCACAUUCAGUACUUCCUCCUCUGGAAGCUUUUCCGAAGAACCUGAUGAAGUUAGCUUUGACGAAUACUUGUGUGAAUUUGAAGGAUUUGCGAAUUCUUGGUAAGUUGCCCAAACUUGAGGCACUCAAACUAAAAUUUGCUUCCUCCAAUUAUAUUGGUUCGGAGUGGAAAGUAGCUGAGGAAGGGUUUCCACAGUUGAAGUUCUUGUUGCUGAAUCGCUUGAACAUCAAGUACUGGAGAGCCAGUAGUGAUCAGUUUCCAUGCCUUGAACGACUAUUCCUUGAGGAAUGUUUGAAUAUGGAUUCGAUCCCAGAAGAUUUCGCAGAGAUAACCACACUCCAGCUGAUUGAUAUACGCAUGUGUAAGGAAUCAGUUCUAAAUUCUGCCGAGAAGAUUCAAAAGGAUGUUGAAGACAACUAUGGAGGUUCUAUUGAGGUCCAUUUUCGCUACAUCCUUUAGGUCAUCUUUUUUCUUGAAUGACUUUAAUAAUUGUAACCUGUAUUCAUUCUGUAUGUUCUGUUGCAAAAGUUCCGCGAAGUAGAUUCAAUAAUAAAUUGAAGACAACAUCAGUUAGGCAUGUAAGACAUCAUAAUGCGCAAAAAGCAGCAUAAGAGUGCAUAUAUUAGCGGUGCAUAUUGCAAAUUAGUCAUGUGAAACUACAUAUCUUAUUUACUAAAACAAAGCUUAUCUAUGCUAAAAAAAUUCUUUGGAAGAGAAAAGCUUAUUAAAUUA